AAAGGGCAGGUGGACAGAGAGAGAGAGAGAGCCUGCCUGCCAUUGCAAGGUCCUGGUCCUCCACGGGGCCUGCUCUGGGACUGGAGGAGCACUCUGUGGGCACAGGCCAGGGCCAUUUCCUUCUCCCUGGGCAGCAGGGCGGCGAACAAUCUCUCCCUCUGUGCUGCCUCCUCCUCGCCCUCCUCUGCUCCUGCCUUGCCCCAUCCCCUCUCUUCUCUUCCUCCCCUGCACUUUGCUCCUCUCCUCUCCUCUCCUCUCGGCCAGAGCCCCUUCUCCCCAACCUGGUUUCCUCUUCCCCGCCUCUGGCCUGGAAAUCCGGCUGGCUGCCAGGCCGCCUUGGAACAGACUCCCCCUUUCAUCUCUCCGUUGGCUUUUCCUCACUCCCUCCAUCCCCCCCCAGCGCUCUCCUCCGGCACAGCCAGCAGGAUGGGGGAGCAGGACGAGGCAGCCGGGGGGCUGCAGGGCUUUGCACUGGACAAGGACUUCCUGCGCUCCCCCAAGGGGGUGCUGAUGGGGGCAGAGCUGGGCCUCUGCUUCUUGGUCUUCUUGCUGCUGACCGCCUCCAUCUCGGCCUAUAUGGGUGCCGCCCUGCUGGAGGUGCUGGUGACGCUGGCGUUCCUGGGACUGCGGGCGACCCACUACCACGAGCGCCUGACCCGCAUCAACUGGCCCUGCUUGGACUUCCUCCGCUGCAUCAGUGCCGCCAUCGUCUUCAUCGUUGUGGCCUUUGCGGUCAUUGCUGCCAGUCACGAGGGAUCUGCUGUCUCUGCCUUUGUCUUCAGCCUCAUCCUCAUUGCUGUUUUCUGUUUCGAUGCCUACAAAACGUAUAGAGCAGAAAUGGGACCCGACCAGGACCCAGAUCUCGGCUGAGAGAACCUGCGCCCCCUGCUGGCGAAAGCAACGCACACACAGAGCUGCCACUGCUGCUGCUGCCGCUGCCGCUGCCACCCUCCACAAAUCACUCCUGAACGCCCUGCCACUGCAUCCCUGGCCUACCCGCUUCUCCCAAGAUCUGACCGUGCGCCACUAUCUUGACCCAAAGGCCCCACAUUAUUCCAGCCGUGACCCAGAGGGCGAUUCCCACACCCAUCCCACCCUCCGUGGCAAUGAAGAGCCACUUUGAAGCUCCAGAAGAGUCCACCCACUUUAUGUGCUCCCCACUCACCAAACUGGAGUUGGGGGGUGGGGGGGGGGGUAGGGAGUGUUUCUACCACAGUUCGGACUCGUGGGUGAUUUCUGUGUUUAACUUGCUGGGGAGACAAGAUUAAAGGUGCUUUUAAUGUGA